AGCAACAGGAAGCGACAACCCCAAAAAGAGUGCAGCAGGCUGGAAGAAAAAACAGAGGAGGCCGAAAUCACAAUCUGUUGAUUGGCCUCUGCUCAUCAGAUCCACCGCUGGAGCUGCAAACCUCCACCCGGACCCGACCUGCCGCUCCUGACCCGCUUCUGGAGGAGUUUAUACGUGGCACAGCAGAGAGCAUGUCCUCCUCAUAAACCUAAAGUAAAGCCUACCUGCCGCACAACACACACACGCAGGCGAGUCUGUUUGAUAUUGGCCAUGGCCCACGGCACCAGUAUCCAGUAUGAGCCUGUGGCAGAGAUCGGAGGAGGCGCAUACGGGACAGUUUACAAGGCCCGGGACACAGAGAGUGGGCAGUUUGUGGCUCUGAAGAGCGUGCGCGUCCAGACAGACCAAAAUGGCCUCCCGGUCUCCACAGUCAGAGAGGUGGCUCUGUUGAGAAGGCUGGAGCAGUUUGAUCAUCCCAAUGUGGUCAGACUUAUGGAUGUAUGUGCCACCCAAAGAUCGGACCAGGAGACUAAAGUCACUCUGGUGUUUGAACAUGUGGACCAAGACCUCAAGACGUACCUAGAGAGAGCCCCAGCUCCAGGAUUAUCCCCCAACCGCAUUAAAGACGUGAUGAGGCAGUUACUGUGCGGUCUUGCAUUCCUUCACUCUAACCGCGUGAUGCACCGAGACCUGAAACCAGAGAAUAUUCUGGUAACCAGCCAGGGCCAGGUGAAGCUGGCUGACUUUGGCCUGGCCAGGAUCUACAGCUGCCACAUGGCCCUCACUCCUGUGGUGGUGACACUGUGGUACCGACCCCCCGAGGUUCUGCUGCAGUCCAGUUAUGCCACACCUGUGGAUAUCUGGAGCACCGGCUGCAUCUUUGCUGAGAUGUUCAGACGCAAACCUUUGUUCUGCGGAGAAUCAGAAGUGGACCAACUCGGCAAAAUUUUUGAAGUUAUUGGCCUGCCACCAGAGGAUGAGUGGCCGACUGACGUAACACUCUCAAGAAAACAUUUCCCCCCUCUCUUACCUCGCCCAAUCACUGACUUUGUUCCAGAGAUAAAUGAGCAGGGGGCGCAACUAUUGCUGAAAAUGUUGACCUUCGACCCUGUGAAACGAAUAUCGGCCCUGAAUGUCCUUGAACAUCCAUAUUUUCAGGAUCAGGAGACAUUGACUUGAAACGAUGCAGUGAAAUGUGCAAUGAGAGGUAACAGUGUCUAAGUUUAGACCUGGCCUAACCUUAAAGGAUUCAAAAUUUAUUCAGUGCAUUACCUUUCAAGACGCCUGGGUUGUGCUUUGGGAUAUUUUUUUUGUUACUCCUACAUCAAAAAAGGAUUAAAGCCUGAGAAAUGGAAUAAAAAAAGAAGAGGAGUGAACAGACGGAUCACUGGCAUGCUUUCCGACGUCACAAUUAAUGAUGUUAACAUGUCGUGUCUUCAAGGACAGUACCAGUGUUUUUGAUGUCUGAUUUAUGUAUCAGUCCCGUCCACAGGGACCGAUGCACAGAAACGUCUGUCGUCUUCUCUGAAAUGUUGCUCUUGUUACUUUUGUACAGCGUUUAGACAGAGGGAAGCGGAGAUGUCGUCUUUUCUUGUUACAGGCUGAACAUAGCCUGACAGAAGUGACACCUCAGGGUUAGAAGAGCCAGUCGUUAGUGAUCGUACUGUAUUUUUGUUGAUAUUUAUCAUACUAUCAUACUAAAGGAACAAAAAGACCAUGAAUUUUGUGAAAAUCAUGAGGAAAUGAAAUAAUAGUCUGAAAUAUGCAGAAGAAAAUGCACAAGAAAGACACACAUGACAAAAAUACUGGUAUUGCCCUUAAAUAUUGCUAUAAAUUGUUUCUUUUGUCUGAGGACUGAAGGGUUGGACUUCAUUUCAUUUUUAACAGUUUCUGUCUGUUUGCUAAAACCAUCUUAAAUCAACCAGCACUGCAACUACAAAUGAAUUAAAAAAAAAUGUAAUCACAUUCAGAUUUCAUUCGUGUAUUAUUAUACAGAUGACAGUCCGUAUAACAUGGAUAAACGUGAUUCUAUGAAAUAUUUUGUGAAAAAUACAAUGAACUAUAUCAGAUACUAACAAAUAAAAGUUAGCGUCACAAUGCUGUUUUUGUUUUCUAAUACUGACCAAAUAAACAGUUAAUGAAU